AGAAGCAGUGUCGCUCUCGGGGGAAAAGCUCCGAUCUGAGUUUUAGCAAUGGCGAAACUAAACACUAGUUUCCUAUCUCUCAUGCUCCUCGGCCUUGUAGCGAUCGCCGCCGCUGAAGUUUUCUUUGAGGAGCGAUUCGAUGAUGGUUGGGAGAACAAGUGGGUUAAAUCCGACUGGAAGAAAGAUGAGAACACUGCUGGGGAGUGGAACCACACAUCGGGCAAAUGGUUCGGUGAUGUUAAUGACAAAGGUAUCCAGACUAGCGAGGACUACAGGUUCUAUGCAAUUUCAGCUGAAUUCCCUGAAUUCAGCAACAAGGAUAAGACCCUAGUGUUCCAAUUCUCUGUCAAGCAUGAGCAGAAGCUUGACUGUGGUGGUGGAUACAUGAAGCUGCUCAGUGGUGAUAUUGACCAGAAGAAAUUCGGUGGAGACACCCCGUACAGCAUCAUGUUUGGUCCCGACAUCUGUGGCUACAGCACAAAGAAAGUGCAUGCCAUCCUGACCUACAACGAAACAAACCACCUUAUCAAGAAGGAGGUCCCAUGUGAGACGGACCAGCUCACUCAUGUGUACACGUUCAUCCUCCGCCCAGAUGCUACUUACAGUAUUCUCAUUGACAAUGUGGAGAAGCAAACUGGCAGCCUGUACUCUGACUGGGAUCUCCUCCCGCCAAAGAAAAUCAAAGACCCCGAAGCCAAAAAGCCCGAGGAUUGGGAUGAGAAAGAGUACAUUCCUGAUCCGGAAGACAAGAAACCAGAGGGAUACGAUGAUAUCCCUAAGGAAAUCCCGGAUGCUGAUGCGAAGAAGCCUGAUGACUGGGAUGAUGAGGAAGAUGGUGAAUGGACUGCCCCAACUGUCCCCAACCCCGAGUACAAGGGUGAAUGGAAGCCCAAGAAAAUCAAGAACCCCAACUACAAGGGCAAGUGGAAGGCUCCCAUGAUUGACAACCCUGACUUCAAGGAUGACCCAGACCUCUAUGUCUACCCGAAAUUGAAGUAUGUUGGAGUUGAAUUAUGGCAGGUGAAAUCUGGAUCUUUGUUUGACAACAUCUUGGUCUGCGAUGACCCAGAGUACGCCAAGAAGUUUGCCGAGGAAACAUGGGGCAAGCACAAAGAUGCUGAGAAGGCAGCUUUCGAGGAGGCUGAGAAGAAGAGAGAGGAAGAGGAAUCCAAGGAUAGUCCAGCCGAGUCGGACGCUGACGAUGAUGGAGAGGAUGAUGAUAAGGAAGGAGAUGACUCCGACAACGAAUCUAAAGCUGAGGAGACCAAACUGGAAGAAGCAGAGGAGGACGCCUCCGACAAGAAGGAAGAAGAUGCUGCCCAUGACGAGCUCUGAGCAAAACCAUUGUGACCCAAAGUUUUCAAGUCACCUUCUUGUUCUGUUUUAGUUAUCUUCAGAAAUAUGUUAGCUCUAGUUUCCCUGUUUUGUCAGAUGAUGAGAAACAACAGCAUGGCGAUUCUUCUAUAUCAACUAAACCAUUAUGAGAUUUGCGUGACUGAUUGAUGAAUCUUGAGAUUUUGUUAUGUUUCUCAGAA